AUGGAAAAGGGAAAGCCUUUCGUUGCGUCGUUACACGAAGCAGAGAACAAGCUUGAACUGUCACUGCGUCAAGCCUUUGUGAAUCUUGAGCCUAAGCUGCAGCCACCCUUCUCCCUGGAUAUCCCAGACCCGCAAGAGUUUCUUGAGCUCAGUAGAGCUAUCCUUUAUGCCGUGUUAUGCGAUUCUGGUUCCUCUAAAACCCACAUCAAGCAUUUACAUGCUGUCGUCACUGAUGGGUAUGCGUUUUUCACUAGUUUGCUUGUUGGAAUCGUUCUUGAACUGUACGGUAAACUUGUUAACUCAGCUAAGGUUCAGCUGCUUUGGUUAACAAAGGAGAUGGUGUCUGUUUCGAGUGUGGGACUUGAGGAUUUGCUUGUGUCUUUGCUGCGACGAAUUGGAAGUGGGGAUUAUGGAGAUCAGAAUGUUUGGCUUUGCUAUGAACUGGUGAGCUUGUUUCUUGACAAAUGGGGUUGCUUGCUUGAAGAUGUGCCCUUGGUCUUGACUAGUGCUCUCUACAAUUUUCUUCGUUUAUUAGCGGAUCAUUGUAGGGUCACAGGGAUACCGAAGCUGGAAGAAGUGAAGAGACUAGAGAUCAAGUUCUGUGUCAGAAUGUUUAGAGAGCAGCUGCAUUUGAGUUUGAAGAUUGGAAGGGAUCUUGUCCGGUUAUUACAGGACCUGGUUUACAUCUCCGAGUUUAAAGAGAUAUGGAAUGAUUUGAUCUGCUCUGACAUUUUAAAGAUUUACCAGUCCAAAACUUCAAGUAGAUACUUUCUUCUCCGGAUCACCCCUGAGAUGGAAACCCAGUUAAGGUUUUUGCUUGGGAAUGUGAAGCUGGGAAGCCAUAAGAGACAUCAGAUAUGGUUCUUGAAGAAGUUCCUCUUGGGUCUUGAAAAAGGAACACUUUUGAUCGACAUAGUCCGGUUCAUCUGCUGUGUUGUUCACCCAAGUAACGAGAUCAUCAGGUCAGAGAUCAUGCCAAGAUGGGCUGUUAUAGGUUGGUUUCUAGAACUGUGCAGGCAAAAUCAUCACGUCGAACCACGUGUUAAGCUGGCUCUGUUUUACGACUGGCUCUUCUUUGACGAAAGAAUCGACAGCAUUAUGAAUGUUGAACCUGCUGCUCUCUUGAUGUUAUGGUCAAUACCGCAGUAUCUACACAUCACUCACUCUUUACUUGAGUUUUUGCUUCAUCUUGUAGACACUUAUGACGUAACCCGCCGAGAUAUGAUCAUGAGAAGUGUGGCAUCAGCAUUUAAAGAGAUUGAGCGGAAAGGGGUGGUCCAGUCGCUGGAUAUGUUCCUAUCAAGCCCUGAGAUUGCACCAGACCUAAAGAAGAAGCUAGCAAACUUAUUGUCAUGUCAGCAAGACAUCAACUGA